UCUCCCGGUGCCGCUGUCACACGCCGGUUACUCGUGUCGUUUCUCACUGCCGCGCGGCGAUUCCCUGGCGUGCUGGUCAAUUCCUCCAGCCCAUUGGAUUUAUAAAACUUGUCGUGUAGACGGAUAGAGGAUCCGUGCCUAAAAGAUGGAGUUAUGGUUGCUGAUGUUGGCAGCCACGACGGCGGCGGCGCAGGACAACUACAACCCGUUUCUUCGCGGCCUCAUGUCUGGCCUGAGUGACAUGCCAGUCAUUGGGAACGUCCUCCGGGCAUCAGUCCAUCCUCUUUAUCAGCCUCUCGUUAGCCCUAUAUUGCCCAGGAUUAACAGCAGUGAGUCGGAAGGAGAAGGGGAGGACGAGGUGGACGAGCACUGCUUCGGCGAGCUCGGCUGCAUUACGACCGACAGCGACUUCUUCCACCCGAUCCACCGGCCAGUCAACCUUCCACCUUACCCUCGCGAGCAGAUCAACGUCCUGUUCACCGUCCACACGAGGGAGGACAAGGAAGGCACGGUGGUGGAAGCUCUCGACCUCCACAAGAUCGCGAACACUACCUUCAGGCCGGAGAGGAAGACCAAGAUCCUCAUCCACGGGUUCUUAGACGGGAGCUUCGUCACGUGGAUGCUGGACAUGGUACGCAACCUGCUGGCCUACGACGACUACAACGUGCUCACCGUGGACUGGUCUGGGGGGUCGCGGGCCCUGUACUCGCAGGCCACCGCCAACACGCGCGUGGUCGGUCUCGAGGUCGCCCAUCUGAUCAACUAUCUGAACAACACCAUGGGACUUCACCCGCACGACGUCCAUAUCAUAGGACACUCACUGGGUUCCCACACUGCAGGGUACGCGGGCGAGCAGGUGCCGGGCCUAGGCAGGAUCACGGGGCUGGACCCGGCCGAGCCCUUUUUCCAGUACCUUCCGACCCGCGUUCGCCUCGAUCCGUCGGACGCUCUCUUCGUCGACGUGAUCCACACUGACAUGGAUUCCAUUUUCAGUCUCGGCUACGGGCUGGAGCAGCAAGUCGGGCACCUGGAUUUCUACCCGAACGGCGGCCGACAACAACCCGGCUGCGAUUCCCUCAGCCGCAUCCCACUCACGGCGCUCACCGAUGGCCAGGAUUUCCUCGAGGGCCUGGACGCAGCACAGAAGGAGUUCAUCGCCUGCAGCCACAACAGAGCCCCGAAGCUCUUCACAGACUCUAUCCUCUCGACCUGUCCUUACCUGGCUUUCGAGUGCUCCUCUUAUGACAAUUAUAUGGUGGGUGAAUGUCACAACUGUGGUGAAGACGGCACUCGUUGUGCUCCCAUGGGCCUCCACGCAGACUCAUGGCAAGGGAACAAAAGCAAUCCUGUGAAGGUCUACGUCUCCACAACUACAGGGCCUCACUACUGCGUGUACCACUACCUAGUGAAGGUGCAGCUGGCAGCUCCCAAAAGCUUUCAGGGGAGUUUACGGGGCCGUCUCGCUCUCUCCCUUAUCACCGAAGAUGGUAAACUGAGAGAUUUUGCCCUCACGCCACGGUCAGCCAGAACCUACGAGCGUGGCGGGACCUAUACGUUCUUCGUCAGCCACACCGAAGACUUGAGCUCCUCGCAGGACGCCCUUGUGCACUGGACGUAUGAGGCAGACAUGUUUAAUCCACUCAGCUACUGCGUCCUCUUCUGCGAUAGUACUCUGCCUCUCGCCUAUGUCUCCGUCACCACCUUGGAGGGCGCUGGUACUAGAUUUCGAGAGUCAGGGAAGAGUGGCAGAUCCCCCGAGGUCGUGAUGUGCCACAGACAGGGCGAAGACAUGAUCCUUGUGAACAGCGAGGAGUCUGUGAAGAUCGUCGCUUCCCCCUCUUGCCUCAACAUCAAGCUUCACGAGACCAAGCAUGACUUCGCCAACCAGACCCUUGACCUUAUCAACGCUGGAAUCUCCGGCAUCACCUCACUGUUCUCAUGAGAUACUGGGGGCGACUUGUUAUUUUUUUCUUUUGUUAUAGUUAAUGAGCACCUGUCAUUUGUUAAAGCAAUGUGAGGUCACUUCGCGAGUUCCAUUGUAUCAUCCAUCUCAUUUUCCAUUCAUGCAUUUUGUACAGAAAAGUUAUGAAUAAAAUUAUUGUUCA